CAGCCGGAGCGGCACCUGCCGUAUCAGGACGGCCUGACUGAACUGACCAGUGUGUUAUCAGAGGAAUAAAGCAGCAGAAGCAGCUCUGUCUGGGACUCCGUCCCUGCGACGGCUCGUGUGUAGAAAUGUGGCUUCUGCUUCUGUAAAGACGUCUCGUGCUCUGUGACGCCGUGGUGACACUGAGGACACACAGUUUCAGUGCAUCUCUGUAACCCGACACACACAAAGACAUUGUGGGGCCUCCUGGAUACACGCGCUUCCAGGGACACGAUGAGCAGCUACCUGCUGACUGCUAUCUUUCUCUUGCCCUUGGUGGCCUCUGAGUCUGAUCACUGUAUAAUAAAACGUGAACAUGAGAAAUGCAUGGAGAAGAUGACAAUGACCGACCCCGAUGGCGCUGAAUACGCAUGUCCGUGGUUGUGGGACAACCUGACAUGCUGGCAGGCGGCCGACGUAGGCGAGGUGGUGAUGGUCAACUGUCCGGAGAUCUUUCACGUCUACAUGAGCCCCGAGGACGAAAUGGGGAAGGUCAGUCGAAACUGCACCGAGUACGGCUGGUCUGAGCCUUAUCCUCACUACGUGGACAUCUGCCUCCUCUAUGACAGUAACAACAGUACCAAACCUGACAUGUACUUCGCAUCAGUCAAAGCCCUGUACACAGUGGGAUACAGCACUUCUCUGGUGUCUCUGACUACGGCCAUGGUCAUUCUUUGCAGAUUCAGGAAGCUCCACUGCACCAGGAACUUCAUUCACAUGAAUCUGUUCGUGUCCUUCAUCCUGAGAGCCAUCUCAGUCUUCAUCAAGGAUGGCGUGCUGUACGCCCAAGAGGACAGCGACCACUGCUUCGUACACACAGUGGCAUGUAAAGCAGUGAUGAUUUUCUUACACUACUGUGUCAUGUCCAAUUAUUUCUGGCUCUUCAUCGAGGGUCUGUAUCUCUUCACUCUCCUGGUGGAAACCUUCUUCCCCGAGAGACGCUACUUCUACUGGUACACCAUUGUCGGGUGGGGUACUCCCACCAUAUGCGUGACAGUCUGGGCAGUUCUGAGGCUUCAUUUUCAGGACACUGGAUGCUGGGACACGAAUGAGAACACUGCCCUCUGGUGGGUGAUCAAAGGACCAGUUGUUGCCUCAAUAAUGAUCAAUUUUGUCCUCUUCCUUGGAAUAAUCAUCAUAUUGGUGCAAAAGCUGCAGUCGCCUGACAUCGGAGGGAAUGAGUCAAGCAUUUAUCUCAGCUGUGCUCAGAAAUGCUUCAGUGAGCCCACACAGGCUGUGCAGCAUUCGUGCAGGAUGUCAGAGUUAUCCACCAUCACACUGCGACUGGCACGCUCCACCCUCCUGCUCAUCCCCCUGUUUGGUAUUCAUUACAUUGUGUUUGCCUUCCCACCUGAAGAUUUCAGCAAGCGGGAGCGGCUGGUCUUUGAGCUGGGGCUCGGAUCCUUCCAGGGCUUUGUGGUAGCUGUCCUCUACUGUUUCCUCAAUGGAGAGGUGCAGUCGGAGAUCAAGAGGAAAUGGCGCAGCUGGACCGUGAACCGGUACUUUGCUGUGGACCUGAAGCAGCAGAGGCAUCCUUCGCUGGCCAGCAGUGGUGUGAAUGGCGGGACUCAGCUGUCGAUCCUCAGCAAGAGCAGCUCCCAGAUACGUAUGUCCAGUCCUCUGGCGGAGAACGCCAACAUCAGCCUCCCGACCUGAGCGUCUGAUCGUCCAGGGUCCACUUCAACGUGCCGUUCCCUGUUCAUUAGAUCAACCAGAGCAGACCAAAGUGACCCCUUGCACUCCUUAUACUUUGUGCUUUGGCAAUUAGAAAAGGAAUAUCAUGGACUGGAGGUGUUCUACUGGCCUUCAUCCUUAAUCAUUUUAUUUACUUACACAAUAUGAUUGACUUGACCAAUUCAGUAUAACAGUAAACUUUUAUGAUUGCCGGUAUUGAAAAAAAAAAUGUUUUUCUUUAAUUAAAAAAAAACAUUUAAAUUCAAUUAAAAAAUUCCAAUCUGUCUUUUUAAAUUGCCGCUGUGAAUAGUCUCAUAAAAAAAAGUGUACCCUUGUUUAUAAAUAAUAAUAGUCAAGUAGAGCUGUUGCCAAAAGAACCUCAAAGUAAUGUAAAAAGCUAAUUACAUUUCAAAUGUAAAAAGUGGUCAUUCCGUGUUAAAUUUAAGGGUCACUUUUUGGCUGCUGGUGUAAAGUUUGUGCGUAAAAGUACCAUAAAGGUUGCCUGACUAGAUUUCUUCAAAGUCCAAAGUUGGUUACCAACCAAACGUUGUCAUUGAUUGUACAGACCUUCAUUGAGUAAAUGUUUCAUCUUGAAUUCUUUUUUUUUUCCACAAUCAGCCAUAAGUACAGAGUAUGUCAACAACAAAAAAGAAAAACACAGCUCAUGGAUUGUGUAAAUAGUGACUGUUGGUGUCUAGACCAGAAUGUGUCUCUUUUGCAUAAUACAGAAUCAUAAAGGCCUUUUCAUACAAAAGGAACUGGAGCCCAAAUCUGUAGACUUGUAGACGUGUUUUAGGGACCCAGUGUAUCCCGACAAGUCUAUUCUGGACUAUUUAUUUGCAAGAAAUAAAAAUAAAACACACCUCCUAGAAAAGUGAAAUGAAUGAGCACUCCCAGGGAUUCACGAGGUGAAUCGGAGGGUUUGGAGAUGUGACGUCGGACAUAAAUAUGGUUGUAUUAUUUAUUUAUUUAUUCUUUUGUGCAAUAUGGAAUAUAUUCACCAUAUUCAGGCCAAAAAUAUCACACAAGAUGGAAGUCAGAAAACACAACUUGCUGAAGUGUUUUGACCUGCAUUCAGCAGCUCAACAGUAGUUUCCUCCAGCUGCUAACUCUCUUUAUAUUUUUGCCAAAUGUGAACAUAAACAGUAUGUGCUCUUUAAAAAAAAUGUUUUAUACUGGAUGCUUUUGUCCAGAUCUCUCACAGUGCCAUGAAUUCAACUGGGCAGUAUUUUGUCAACCAUCCUGAGCUUGAGCCCAUUGCUCCAUAUCAAAUAGCUCACUUCCUAAUUUUAUUAAUUAGUUACCUCCUACGCUGUCGCUCCAAAGUGCCUAGUCAGUCCCAAAUAUGUAUACAUUUUAUUUACAGUACAGUGAGCAGAAAAUUAAAAGUUAUGGUGAGAGUCAUUUUUGUGUAGAAUACAAAGAAUUCCUGAGGAAAUCAAUUUUUGAUUUUUGACAAAAAUAAUAAAUAAUGGUGAAUUUCCGCAAAUAAUGUGAAGAUUCCUGACAUGAUUUUUUUCCUUUUAGUACACAGAACUGAUGUGACUUGUAGUGCAACAUAAUUUCUUAAGGUAAUUUAAAAAUUCAUCACCAAACAUUUAACAACUUCAAAAUUGAUAUAUUCAAAUAUCAUAACAGUCAACACAAAACGCUUUAAUUCACAAGCUCUUGACAAUCGCCAGUUGUUGCUCAUUUUUAUUUUUUUAUUUUAGUACAAACAAGCUCACCAACAAUAAAUGUCUAAGUAGGAAUAAUGAAUCAGAUGAAAUGUGAAACAAUAUGUACAGGAGAGUAAUUCUAUCAUAUUUACUUUGUGCUGUCAUCUAUCUAGAAUGUAAGAAUAUGUUAAUCUUUCAAAUAUGAAAUCUGACACUGUCCAACAGAAAAGGAUGUUUAUUUAUUUUCCAUGAAUAUGUGCCAUGUUAAAUGACUACGUGUACAGUAUACAAGCUUCUUGUCUGUUUAAUGUAUUUGUUUGACAGAUUUUGACUUUAUCAAAGUGCCAUAAAUGACAUUUCUACAAGGGGGCAUUGGGAGAUUUGUGGCACAAUCACUCUAUGAGUAAAUCAUUUUUUUUAAAGAAAAACGAGAGAAAGAAAAAGAAAAGGCUUGAAUCAACUUUUGGACAGGUUAAACAUUAACCAUCAGGAAAGUUUAAGCUGGAUAAAACACAAACUGUGUAUGAGAGUAUGAUAUCUAUUGAUCAGCUAAAUGUAAAUCAGAUGAAAACCAUGUAUCUGCGCUUUUACUGUCUGCGCAGAAAGGUGAAACUCCUAUGACCGUAUCUGUGUUGGUUAUUUUUCUACCACAAGGUGGUAGCAAAGUUAAAACUACAGUUCAAAGCUUUGUUUCUUGAAUUUUGUAGAUUACUAGAUGGAGGGCUGGGCACUGAGACACUUGUAUGCCAUAUUCAUGUCAUUGUAAGAAUGUAUUGUAACAAUAUUUGCCAUAAAUCACCACAUAAGCUAUCGUAUUCGAAUUUUGACAUAAAGCCUUCUGUAAAUAUUAAAAAGUAAAAUAUGAUGAGUUUGCCACUGUACCAUAUCUUAAAAUCCUCCUUUCUCACCCUUCUCUUUAGUUUCUUGGGAACUGUCCAAGUAUUAAAUCAAAAACUUUUGAAACAGAAUUUAUUUUUAGCUCAUGUGCCAUAUCAUGUUUGCAUAAACCACAAUUCAAAGUUCCUGAACCUUUAGAAACCUUCUUUUUUUCCUAAUUCAGUGGCUAUAAGAAAAUAAAUAAAUGGAAACAAUAAUGGUUUGAUGGUGGAUUCUAAGGAGGACCAAUGUGGACUUUGUUUGUUUGAAUGACACACUUUUUCAUUUUCUGCCAAAUGUAUUCAUCGUUUGUGGAAGUGCUGUUGUUAUUUUACUCUGGCAGCUGCAUUGCUCUCUUUAAAAACCUGAUUUUACUUUUUAUUUAUGCUCACGUCACCACACUACUCUGUAAUGUGUCACAGACAGCUGAGAUGGCAGUUGGGAGCUUUUUCUCAGCAUUCAUCAGACAAGAGACGAGGUACACGCUGAACAGAUCCUCAGCCAGCCCUUAACAUAUUUUCUUAAAGCGUUACAAGUAUACCUAAAGCAAAAUAUAUCCACUUUAUAUCUUAGGGUUGAAUAUGAAGAGUUAUGCCACCCGUAUUCUCAAUAAGCAACAAGCAGCAAGUCCUUAGCUAAGUGAACCAAGCUUUGUCCAGAAGGAAACACAUCUGAAAUUUGAUUUCUUAUGAGAUUGCAGUGUGCAGUUUUUCAUAUUUAAACAAUAUUGCUGACAAAAAAUUGUCAGUAAUAGCAAGAAGGAGUUAUUUAUUAUCUAUUUCAUUAGUACCUAGUGAAUGUGUGAUUACAUGGGACAUUGUGCACCAUAACUUGUGUCCUUUAAUGAAAUUUCUUACAAGGUAAUGAAUACGACAAGAAAAACUUGCGCUGUGAAUUCAGUAGCUGCAACUUCAUCUUAAGACAGUAGAUGUUUGUUUUCCCUGAAUUGCUGUAGAAAGACGGUUACAGAUUUUAUUCAUUCAUUUAUUUAUUUAAUUGGCUUUCCUUUACUGUGUUCAGAGGAGUCUAUUUGAUUGCCUCCUCUUUCUCCAUUUGAAUCCACCACUCUUUAAAAAUAUAAACGUUUCAUUUGAAGCAGUAAAUCAACUAGCCACCUCUGCCUUGUUAGAAGUUUUGAAACUAGCUGAGAGAAAAUGUCCAUCAGUUAUCCAUUUCCUGUUGCUUGUUGGGUAAAAAAAUAAUAAUAAUAAAAAAAAAAAUUAAAAAUGAGUUCACAUUUGCCAAAUUGAUGGAUAAAUUGUGUUAUCUAAUUUUUCCUCUAAUCGACUGUAAUUCCUAAACUCUUAACAGGUGUUUUGACAGUGUAUUUUUCUGUGAUGCAUAUUUGCUGUGUUAAGGCACAGCUUUCAGUGGUCGUGGCUGUUCAGCCAGUUUGGUCAAGUCUUUGUGUGUGCGAGAAUUGAUUGCCAAUGAAUUUUUGAAUGUAUUAUUGUUACUCAGCUGCUCUUAAAUGUUGCCUGCUAACAAUUUGCCCGAGUGUACAAAUGAUGUCUUUUCUUUAUCAUAUAUAUAUAGAUAUAUAUAUAGUGUAUAUUUUUGGCAUACAGUUUGACCUCUUGACCAAGAUCUAUAAUGUUUGUGACAGUGUUUUUGUACAUUUGUUUAUGUACCAGUUUUCAGAGUGUGUGAAUGUUUCAAAAUUGGAGAGAAUGUAUUUGGUAUGCAUGUGUAUGUAUUGCCAAGCAUUUGUAAGGAUAUAACUAACUUAAAUGUUAAAAAAACAAAAACAAAGAUGUAUAAACUCUCAUCUAACUUAUGUUCUCAAUGUGAAGCUGUGUCAUGUGUAGAUGUUCUGGUGUCCAUUCAUGUCCUCAGUUGUGUAAACUGACUGCAAAAUAAAUGUG